AUGAUAUCUGAUCCGGGCCUCAAAUGGAAGCGAUUCCCAGACGACGCAGAUGAUCGUCGUCAUAGUUAUGAUGGUAGCGAUGAACGGCGUGCCAUCGAGCAUUAUCCUCCGAGUGACUUCGAGCCAGCAAUCACUGACUUGGCCGAGUUCCUCUCUCCUCACGACUCAGCUGACAUGCGCUCCCGUCUGCUGUUGGGCAACGGCGCUAGUGAGAUGAUCGAUAUGAUAUCGAGGUUGGCCCCGAAGGGUCAAUGGAGACCGGGUCCAUUCACCACUCAGUAUCAAGAGUAUCGUCGGUCUGCAACCAACGCUGGUCGUGCCGAACUGCAUUGGUCUGAUGGUGGUGCUAAGCUGACGAGCAUUGUGAACCCCUGCAAUCCCACAGGCGACUAUAUGCACGUUGAGGAGAUCAAAGAGUACAUCUCUGAGACGUGUGACGGCAACAGUUGGGUGGUGGUUGAUGAGUCUAUGCAGCCUUGGGCGGGCCCUCAUUGGCGUGAAGACUCCCUUACUAGUCAGAAGGAGUUUAUACAGGAGAUCCAAAGGAAGAGAGGCAUCAGUGUUUAUGUGAUCCACUCGUGGACUAAGAUAUGGGCUUGUCCUGGCAUCAGGCUGGGUUCGGUGGUUUGCCCUACUGCUGAGGACGCCAGUGGCAUCAAGAAGAUGCAAGUGCCAUGGUCGGUGAAUGUGAUGGCUCUACAUUACCUCUCUGGCUGCUGCAAGGCCGACGAGUAUAUGCAAAGGACGUGGAAGUCGACGGUCGAGUGGAGAUCUUUCAUCACUGAUGGGCUCAAACACAUCAACUUCCCAGGAGUGUAUGGCGAGGCUUGGUCGUCAUGGAUUUGGAUCGACACGGGCUCUGAGGAUCUGGCUGAGGCUAUUGUGGAGGAGUGCAAGGCAGCUGGUGUACCGAUUCGUUGGGGGAAAUUUGGAUACUGCAUGCCUACCUAUAUCCGUCUGGGUGUACGUAAACCCUCCAGUGCGAAGGUCCUUAUAAAUACCAUCGACAGGGUCGUUGAGGAACAUCGAUGUGCCUCUGAAUAG